GAUGGCAUAGAUAAGGUGCUUAUGUUAUUUGGUACAUUAGGUUGCCUUGGAGAUGCUUUAAUGUCUCCACUUACUAUGUUAAUCCUUAGUGGGAUUCUUGAUGAUUAUGGUGGUGGUGGUAUUUCUUUCUCCAUUGAUGUGGUGAACAAGUAUGCGCUCAAGCUGCUCAUUCUUGCAAUUGGUGUUGGAAUAUCAGCUUUUCUUGAAGGAAUAUGUUGGACAAGAACUGCCGAAAGACAAACAUCACGUCUAAGGAUGGAAUACCUUAAAUCUGUACUUAGGCAAGAAGUCGGUUUCUUUGACACACAAGUUGGUUCUUCCAUCAAUUUUGAAGUUAUUUCGACCAUUUCAGGUGAUGCGCAACUCAUUCAGGAUGUCAUGGCUGAUAAGUUACCCAACUGUCUAUGUCACCUAUCGGCACUCGUAUUCAGUAUGGUAGUAGGCUUCAUACUUUCAUGGCGGCUAGCGCUGGCCUCCCUCCCUUUCGUAUUCCUCUUUGUGGGUCCCGUGUUAGGCAUGGGGGCGUUGCUAAAAGGUCUCGGGAUGAAGAUGAAGGGUGCCUAUGAUAAAGGUGGUGGCGUGGCAGAUCAGGCUAUCUCAUCCAUCAGAACUGUCUAUUCGUACGUUGGUGAACAACAGACGAUCGAUAAGUUUAGUAAUGCGCUUGAGACGAGUAUGAGAUUAGGUAUAAAACAAGGAUUUACAAAGGGUUUGAUGAUUGGGAGCAUGGGUAUGGUAUUUGUGACUUGGGCGUUUGUUGCUUGGGUAGGAAGUUAUCUUGUUACCCAAAAGGGAGAAACAGGUGGCCCGGUUUUUGUUUCGGCGAUCUGUGUCAUCAUGGCAGGCCUGUCAACUAUGAGUGCACUACCUAAUGUCCCAUUCAUUUCAGAAGCAAAAGCCGCUACAUCAAGAAUGUUCGAAAUGAUCAACCGCGUUCCACGUAUAGACAUCAAUAAAACCAAGGGCAAAACAAUACCAUCAGUGAGGGGUGACAUCGAGUUUAGAAACGUUGACUUUUCAUACCCAUCAAGACCCGACACACCAAUCCUACAAGGUCUCAACCUCCGGGUCAAAGCGGGUAGAACAGUUGGUCUUGUAGGUGGAAGCGGGUCAGGAAAGUCAACGGUUAUAUCUUUGAUAGAAAGGUUUUAUGACCCGGUCAACGGAGACAUCCUUCUUGAUGGACAUAGAAUAAAGGGUCUUAACCUUAAAUGGUUAAGAUCUCAAAUGGGGUUAGUUAAUCAAGAACCGGUAUUAUUCGCAACAUCGAUUAAAGAAAACAUACUUUUCGGCAACGAAGGUGUUUCGAAUGAACUUGUUGAGCUUGUAGCGAAAAGAGCAAAUGCACAUGAUUUUAUCGUUAAACUACCCGAAUCGUAUGAAACGCAAGUUGGUCAGUUUGGGAUUCAGUUGUCGGGUGGUCAAAAGCAACGAAUUGCUAUAGCGAGAGCUUUGCUUAAAGAACCCAAGAUUCUUUUGUUAGAUGAAGCAACAAGUGCCUUAGAUUCGGAAUCCGAAAGGGUUGUUCAAGAAGCUUUAGAUCAUGCUUCGGUCGGUAGAACUACUAUUAUCGUCGCACAUCGGCUUACCACAAUCCGUAAAGCGGAUAAGAUUGUGGUUCUUCGAUCAGGAAAAGUAAUCGAAUCCGGCUUGCAUGAAGAGUUAAUGCAGAACAACGGUGGGGCUUACUACCAAAUGGUGCAGCUGCAACAAUCAGCUGCCCAGAGCCAAAACCUAGAUAGUCCGCAUACGCCGAUCAGAAACACGAAUCGUCGAAGAAAUUAUAGCCCGCAAACACCAAGAACACCGAUUAGCAUACAAUCGAGCUUCCAAAAUAGCCCGAUGUCGCCUUUCAGCCCAGCGGUUUCCAUUAACACGGUUCAUUCGGUUCAAAUGAUUUCUUACGAAGAAAGUGAUGACGAGUACGACAUAAUAUCAAACCCUAAUCCUUCGCAAUGGCGUUUGUUGAAGAUGAAUGCACCCGAGUGGAAACGAGCCGUGUUAGGGUGCCUUGGAGCCAGCGGAUUCGGUGCUAUAACGCCUAUACACGCUUAUUGUUUAGGAUCGGUCGUUUCAGUAUAUUUUUUAACCGACAAAUCAAAGAUCAAAUCCGAAAUAGCGAUUUAUUGUAUCGUUUUCGUUGGUCUAGGAGUUCUUUGUUUCUUCACCAACUUACUCAACCAUCAUAACUUUGCGGUUAUGGGCGAACGUUUAACAAAAAGAGUACGCGAAAAACUACUUGAAAACGUGCUAACCUUCGAAAUCGGAUGGUUCGAUCGAGAUGAAAACACAAGCGCAGCUGUGUGCGCACGCCUCGCAACAGAAGCCAGCCUGAUUCGAUCACUUGUAGGAGACCGAAUCUCGUUACUCGUGCAAGUGUUCUUCAGCGCGUUUCUUUCGUUUCUGAUUUCUUUAAUCAUCAACUGGAGAGUUGCAGCUGUCAUGAUCUCGGUCCAACCGUUGUUGAUCGUAAGCAUUUACUCCAAAACUGUGUUGAUGAAGAGCUUAUCUUCUAAAGCGAAAAAGGCGCAAAACGAAGGAACACAGUUAGCAAGCGAAGCGGUCGUGAAUCACCGAACGAUUACCGCAUUCGUUUCGCAAGAAAGAAUCAUGAGAUUGUAUGCAGAAACUCUUAAAGGACCAAGAAAAGAAUGCAUCAAACAAUCAUGGUUUUCGGGUUUGGGUUUAUCCGCUUCCCAGUUCAUAACAACCGCUGCAAUCUCAUUGGCAUUUUGGUACGGUGGGAGAGAGAUGAACAAAGGGAACGUAACCGCGAAACAAAUGUUUCAAGUUUUCUUUAUCUUAAUGACCACCGGCAAGAAUAUUGCAGACGCCGGAAGCAUGAGUUCCGAUCUAUCAAAAGGAGGGGGUGCAGUACGGUCCGUAUUAGCAGUACUCGACAGAAAAACCGAAAUCGACCCGAAUGACUCAAACGGGUUGACCGCUAGAAGAAUCAACGGUGACAUAGAGCUGAGAAACGUUUACUUUUCAUACCCGUCAAGACCCGAGCAAAUGAUUUUCCAGGGGCUUUCUUUGAAAAUUGAAGCGGGAAAAACAGUUGCACUUGUGGGUCAAAGCGGGUCGGGUAAGUCAACUGUUAUCGGGUUGAUAGAAAGGUUUUAUGACCCGAUGAAAGGUUGUGUACUCGUUGACCAGCGGGAUUUGAAAAAUUACAAUUUGAGAAGCUUGAGAUCACAUAUUGCGUUGGUGAGUCAAGAACCGACGCUUUUCGCGGGAAGUGUUCGUUAUAAUAUUGUUUAUGGUAAAGAGGAAGCUAGUGAAGCUGAAAUAAGGAAAGCAGCAAAGCUUGCAAAUGCUCAUGAGUUUAUAAGAGCCAGCUGGACCAGUACUUUUGGACCGUCUUUAUUUGGACUGGUCGGUUAUCAUCAGACCAGUGAGCCACCUAACCAAAUGAUGGUUGGAACCAAGGAUGAGCAUCAGGGAUGAAGCUUCAUAGAGGCUAAGGGGUGCAAGUGUCGAAAAUUUCUGAAAUAUUUUUUGUAGUGUAAAAUAUUUGUUUUUAAGAGUCUGCCCCCCCCCCCUAAAUUUCCGUUCAAGCUCUGCCACUGAAGAGCGUUCGGUACCGGUACCCAUUUUCGGGAUCGGUACUGGUAUUUUUGGUUGAUUUACCUUCCAAUACCGGUACCGUACCGAUUAUUUUUGGUACCGAUACCCAUUUUUCCCAUUUUCGGUACCGAGCUCAUCCCUAGUUGAAACCGGUCUUCAAAUUUAUUAAUUUUCUUUCCAAAAUCACAUAUACUACUUUUGGCCUCAUAUUUUGUAUACUUCAGGUUUCAUACUUUGUUAACAUUGCAAAUCCACAUCAAACCGAUAAACUACUUCCAUAUUUUAUUGGAAAAAUUACAAGUUUUGUCCUUUAUCUUUAUACCACUUUUCAGGCGGUGUCCUUUUUAACGAAUGUUGAC